AUGCAAGAAGCACUAAAAUUUGAUUUCACGAGCGCGCCGGAUACGGUACUGUUCGACGCGAGCCUGGUGGCGUCGUACGAUGAGGUGUUGGACGCGGAAUGUGACGAGGAUUGCGAUCUUGAUUGCUUGGUGACUGUACCUGAGGCCGGUCGUCGCGCGGCGUAUGAUGCGUUUCACAGCGUGCCGGAAGCGCGCGUUGCACAGAACCUGUAUCUGUGCGCGUGCGUCGAGCUCAAGCACAGGACCGUGGACACGGACGACGACAUCAUCGAGCAGACCACCGAGUUCUGGCUGGACGUUGGCGAUGACGACAUCAAGGUGAAAGUUUGUAAAACAUUUUUCGCCCGCACCCUGGGACUGCCGGACUCGCGACUGGAGGCACUGCUGGAGCCCGACACCUUCGAAUGGUUCUCGAGAUACCGUGACUACAGCAGAUCCUCCGGCGACUGCGGCGAAGGUGAUAUCGAUGAUGACGAAAACUAUGAUGAGAAUCACGGGCAUCGACGACGGCGUUAUGCGAACGGAAGGGUCUGUGAUGACGACGAAAUACCUUGCGCAGAUUUCGUGCUAAAUUCCAGAAAAUAUUUGGACAAAAACAAUUCGGCAUUCAUUGAAGAAACUGAUUCGGACGUAGAAGUAUACUUGGACGGAAUAACGCAUUCAACUUACAAUAAUGUGAUAAAUUAUAUUCAAACUAUACCGAGAGUGGUGAGUACUUGGAUAAACCAAGAAAACAGCGAAGAAACGUUCAAAUUCGAGUCUAGUAUUAAUUGGCAUUUUUUGUAUUUAAAUUAUUUAAAAAAAAUCAAGAAGAAUAAAAAUAAAGUGAACGAAAAGCAGUUUAAAAAAAUAUACAAUAGAUAUGUUAAAAAUAGUUUUAUGGUAUAA